UGUCCCUCAUUACCUCACAACAUGAAACCUCGACCGCUGCAAUGUACACCGAGUCGCUUCUUGAUGCUGACAUUACAGAAUUCCUAUUUGAAGCAUUAGCCACCACCAAUGAACUGCUUUUAGAGUCCAUAUUCUGCUGCCUGAUGGUUUUCACAGACACGCAGACUUUCUUUACCAAGUGCCAUGUCAUAUAUGGUAUAGAGUCUGUGCUGAGGGCCGUCGAUCUCUCUUUCCAACAGAGAAAACCCUCUACAAUCGUCAGGGGAAUGGAUCUACUAGGCCUGAUCCUGCAGAAACAACCAGAGAGAAUGCCCCUGCUAAGCUCUGAUAAGACAUUUACCGAAUGUCUGCGCAUAAUAAACACUGGCAUUUCACACAGUUACCACCAGGUCGCUCUAUCUUCAGGUGUUGCGUACUGUCAUCUGCUCAGGCGGCAGCAUAUUCCAUCGCCAGUUCCGUAUAACGCUCUUCUUAAUACAUUGGAGCAGCUGGUAAUGCGGCUUCACACUUUACCCACCAUGCGUUGCAUACCAUCUGAUAACAGGAAAGGACAGCAUAACCAGAGUGGUUUAUUUCGCCAAGCGCAGAGCACACAGCAAAUGAUAGAGUGUACGCUCAAUUGUCUACGAGCUGUUGCUAGACUGAUGCUAAGCUGCAUGGAUGACCCUACUGCCAACCCAGAAACAUUUGCUGCACCUACAUCUGUAUCUGUCUCUGACAUGCCUGUCAGUUCAUCCAUUCAGUUCGAUGUUAAUAUACCUGGCGCGAUGCAAGCAUCAGUCUCCACACACCUCCUGCAACUGUGUGACGAGCACUGCAUGCCUGCUGUAAUUCAAAACAAGCAGUAUCUAGCUAGUUCAGAGAUUUACAGGAGUCUGCUAGACACGCUUAACAUAAUGUUCAGAAUCCAGCCAAAAAUGAUGAAGCUAUUCUCAGAGAAAUUGGCUUCAGUUGGCUUCUACAGGAUGGCACUGGAACUAAAGGACCAGUGGCCAAAGAAUGCAAGUCUCCAAGAUGCUGUGGACCAACUGGUUAGUGUGUGCUGCUCAACUCUCAUGACAGCGCACCACGAUGGGAUCCAAAAUAGCCCCACUCCUGUAAACUUCACUGACCUUAAACUUGGGGUGCAACAACUAUCAGGACCUCUAGGAAAGUUCAUUUUGGUGCUGACGCAGUGCAGCACAGUGGACAGAAAACUACAGGCUGCACAAGUGGCAUGCAUAGCCCUCUGCCAUCUUUUUUUGGAGCAUGAUCACAGCAGGAUGGCUGCGUGUGCACCUUCGUUGUUCCGCGUACUUGUCACCUUCCUAUCAUUGCAUGCCGACCUGUCAUGGAUCCCGCCUACCUCACUGCAGCAACUGCUCUCCCUGUGUGCGACUGCCGAAACUGCUCUCAGCCCCCAACAGAGGGAAGAACUUCCAGCAGCUGAUCGCAGACUGUCUAGACAGAAUUUGCUUCGUGCUUUGGAGUCUGUCCCUGACAUGCAUGCUAUCUAUGGACAGAAUGACGUGCUGCUGCAUUGGACUUUCAGUGAUCGCGUUCUAGCGCAAACUAUUGGACAGCGCAUGUUAUCAGAUUGGUUGUCACAGAAGUCUAACCAUGGGGGAAAACAUAUUGAGUUAGCAGUAAAAAUGCUGCUAAACAAUGAGCUAUUCUGCAACUCUUUCCUGGGCUUCCUGCAGAGUGGCACUGCAGACACUGUUCUUUCAUUGCUAGAUGUAUUGAAAGUCUUCAUCAGACAGGAAGAUAUGCUAGCGGCUCCAGAUCGUGACGAACUAUUUGAUGCUGUUCGAGCGAGAUUGCCAGACCUGCUGCAGAUUACAGAUAGCAGCGCCUCUAUAUCUGGAGCCAGUAAUAUCAGCUAUAGCUUUGUAGAUGAAGGCGAGAUAUGCUGCAAGGCAAUAACUGAACAUUAA